CGCUGCACCCGCCCACCGCAACAGCCACACCCGCAACCGCCUCUCUCGCGCGACUCGCCCGUCACCGCCCUCCACCCUCCACCACCUCCGGCCUUUUCUCGCUCCCUCGACGACCAACAGCACACGAUGCCGCACGCGACCAAGUCUGAGAUCCGCCCCGAGGCAGAGUACGAUGUCAUCAUCGUCGGCGCCGGUCCCGCUGGCUGCAUGGCCAACGUCUGCCUCACGACCUACGGCUUCAAGGUCCUCCACAUCGACAACCGCCCGACCACGACCGAGGCAGGACGUGCCGACGGCCUGCAGCCGAGGACGCUCGAGGAGGAGGGCAAGGCGUCGCUCGCCAAGCGCAUGAUCAACCAGGGCGUCCGCGUCCAGGAGGUCUCUUUCUGGGACCCGUCGCCUACCGCUCAACUUGCGCGCACUUCGAGGGCGCCGUCGUGCCCCGACUUCAUCGACGUUUGCGACCCGUACACGCUCCUCCUCCACCAGGGCCUCAUCGAGCGCUCCUUCCUCGACGAGAUUGAGGCUCGCCGGGCUCACCUCCCUGCCGACAAGGCGUCGCCCGCACCUCACGGCGGCGUGUUCCGCCCGUACGAGUUCGAGACGUGCUCGACCGACGAGUCGCAGGCGUACCCUGUCUCGGCCUCGUUCGUCCACGCCGACACCAAGGAGAAGUUCACCGCCCGCGCCAAGUACCUCCUCGGCGUCGACGGCGCACGGUCCCUCGUCCGUCGCGCCAUCUCGGGCGGCCAGCCGGGCGACGGCGAGUGGCAGGGCAAGAUCCGCAUGCUCGGCGACGCGUCCGACAUCAUCUGGGGCGUCAUGGACGUCGAGGUCAAGACCAACUUCCCCGACAUCAUGUCCAAGUGCCUGAUCCACUCCAAGUCGGACGGCUCGAUCAUGGUCAUCCCGCGCGAGGCGGGUCUCGUGCGCCUGUACGUCCAGCUCCAGGCCGAGGCGGGCCCCGACGGCAAGCAGAAGCACUACGGCCGCGACGCGUCCGAGGACAUCUGCAAGUCGCGCGCCCGCAAGAUCUUUGAGCCGUUCAAGCUCGAGUUCGGCAAGACUGCGUGGUUCUCUGUCUACCAGAUCGGCCAGCGCAUCGCCUCGAACUACACCCUCGACGAGCGUGUCUUCCUUGGCGGCGACGCGACCCACACGCACUCGCCCAAGGCCGGUCAGGGCAUGAACAUCUCGAUGCUCGACAUGUACUCGCUCGCGUGGAAGAUCAACAUGGUCGAGAAGGGCGUCGCCGACCGGUCGACCCUCCUCCCGACCUACGAGCAGGAGCGCAAGAGCAUCGCCGAGGAGCUCCUCAAGUUCGACAAGGCCUACUCGUCGCUCUUCUCGGGCCGCUCGCCCAAGUCGGACCAGCUCACGGCCGACGCGACCAAGGCCAAGGCCCUCGGCGCCGUCGACCCCGAGCUCUUCAUCGAGACGUUCAAGAAGAACGCCUUCUUCACGUCGGGCUGCGGCGCCAUCUACUUCGCCAACCCGCUCAACGCCCUCCCCGACUCGGAGCUCGUCAAGAACUACUCGAAGAAGGGCGUCUUUAAUCCCGAGGGCAGCAAGCUCAUCGCCGGCCAGCGCCUCCUCCCGGGCAAGGUGACGCGCGCCAUCGACGCCAACCUCGUCCGCAUCCAGCAGGAGGUUAAGAUGAACGGCGCCUUCCGCAUCCACGUCCUCGCCGGCGAGUACGGCAAGUCCAAGGCCCAGAUCGCCGCCCUCGACAAGUUCAUCGACUCGCCGUCGUCGUUCGUCAACCUGUACCGCCCCAAGAGCGGCGUCCAGUCGGCCAUCGUGUACAACUCGCACGACACGCGCCACAUCGAGCCCGAGCGCGGUCAGCGCGAGCCCAACUACAACCCGUUCUUCGACUUUUUGUACAUCUUUGCGACGCCGCACACCGAGUGGGACAUCGAGGACCUGCCGUACAACGCGCGCAUCUACCGCGACAACAUCUACUCGGACGACGUCUACGACCGCCGCGUCGGCAAGGACGCCAAGGCGGCGCUGCACACCAAGUGGGGCAUCUCGACCGAGCAGGGCGGCAUCGUCGUCGUGCGCCCGGACGGCUACGUCGGCGCCCAGGUCCCGCUCAACCAGGACGGCUUCGAGGCGCUCAACGCGUACUUUGGCGGGUUCAUGAGCGGGUCGCAGAAGGCGAGCCUUUGAGCGGGUCUCUCCCUUUCCCUCGUGUCGAUAUUGCCUCUUCCUCCCUCUCGCUCCUGGUCUCUCCCCCCUCGUACUAUAGCAUGAGCCCCCCUUCCGUAUCUUGUGGGUCGUCCGCCGCAGCCGGUCUGUAAACAUAGCGCAGCCGUUCUUCCUC